GAACCGACGCCAGGAAAGUGGCGACUUCUAGCCUGACCUUGCGUGGCUCGCGCUAGGGUCGGUCGCGCUGGAAAGGCGAAAACAAUUCAUUGCACCAGCCCCGAGGCCACUUGCCCCACAUGAUACAUAGAUACAUAAUAUAUAUGUAAUAUGAAAUACUCGCACAGGCAAACAGCCGCAUGGCGCAGUUACCCGCCACCCUACCGAGCCAUCCGAAACCACCCUACCGAGCCAUCCGAAACCACGAGGCGGAGAGCGCUGCUGUCGGUGGAGGGUGAAGGAGUGGAGGCGAAAGCGGCGGCGGCGGGGCCGAGCUGGGGGCAGCUGGAGGGCCGGAAAGAGGAGGCCGGCAGGGAUGGCGGCGGCGUAAGGCGGGCUAUGCCUGGCAUGAUGGAAGCCCUGGGGAGAACGGGGGCGCGCCAGCUGCGAUGGGUGCGGCGGCGCGUGUCGGGCGAGGCGGGGUUGGACAGGCGGCUAGCGUUGGAGCUGGGGCUGGAGGGCGUGGCGGAGGAGGGCGAGGAACAGGACGAAGGGGAAGACUACGGCGUGCAUGUGGGUCACGGCGGGCUGUACGACGUGUAUGAGGAGCUUUAGCGUGAGAGUUAGGACUGCGUGCUGGAGGCGUGCUGGAGGGGCGAGCAGGCGUGCGACAUAGUGGGAUCGCAGGGAUUCGCGAUUCAUGGGUUACCGUACAGGGUUGUAGCUAAGGGAAGGGACGCGCGCGUGCGAGCCUGUCGGUGGCGGAAAUAUUCGUGUGUGCAUCAAGGCAUGCAUCCUGCGAGCGGGCGGCGUGCUUCAGACUGCGCGACCAGGUGUUGGAUUAUGGAGGACACAUGCGUAAACGCUGGCGGCAUGGUUUUCGGUUGGGGCACUUGGCCAUCAUGCACAGCUGAGGCAUCGGAUGACAGCCAAAAUACAAG